CACAGGUCACAACCUCGUAUGGAAUGUUUUGCCAUGAGAAGAUGUGCUCAAACUCUAAGAUCUGGGGAGACGCUCACUUGCAUAGCAAGUCGUCAUCGUCAUUUGGGAUUUCUUUCCAUGCAUGAAACAAUUACAUUCACCCGACCACUUAUAAAUACGAGUAUAAUUCAUGGUUUUCCUCAUCAUCCAGCAAAACCCACAACCAAAGAAGAAAAAAAGAGUGAGGAAGAGAAAUGGAUAAAGCCACGGGAAAAACACCAGUGAUCACAGUGGACUCUAGCCCUUCUUCUGAUUCCUCAAGCAAUGUCUCAGCGACUCCAGACCACGGUGACACUGCAUGCAAACUACUUGUCCUUGCUAAUGAAGCUGCCAAGAACCAAACGAAGAUGGUUGAGGAAGCUGGUGAGAUUCCCGGCGCUGCCGAUGCCCAUCUCUUGCUCGAUCUGACCCCUGUGAAUGCUGGCUUGUGCCUCGACGAUCCCUUGAGCUCCAACAAAGUCAAGGAGUCCUCUUCAUCGGACAACAGUGCCCGCGAUGAGCCACCCCCUGCCAAUAGGGUUUUCAGCUGCGCCUAUUGCAAGAAAAACUUUACAUCUUGGCAGGCGCUCGGCGGCCACCAGAACGCACACAGGCUUGAGCGUUUGAUGGUGAAAAGGCAGCAAGAAAUGGCUGCCAUGAACAGGCACGGGCCGCCUUCAACUAGGAGAUAUGGUUAUGGUGGUUUCAAUGCGCUCUAUUUGAAUGUCCCUCGAUUCCCUGCUUUCGGGCCACUCAACCGACUGGCCCCGCCCGGCAUGGGGAUGGAUCAGCCCAUGGUCCAAAGGGUCCAACCAUCAUGGAGCCAGCCCGGGCAUCCGCCGAUGAUGGCCUCACCCCCACCAAGGAUGGACGGCAUGCCUUAUGUUCCUACUAAUUGCAAUAAUAAUGUCAACAAUGGUGGAUUUGUGGGCCAAUUUCUUCCUCCUCCAGCAUUUGAUCAUCCCCAACAGGGGGGUGGUGCAGUGAUGCACAGCUUUAAAGGUCCUUCAAGCAUUCCCAGCCCGAAUGUGCCAAUGAAUACGGUCGCUAAUGGCGGGGGCAGCAGCUGCGGAGGCGGCGGCAGCAGUGGCAAUCGUCAUGUCCUACCAGGGAAGAGGGAUGUUCGGCCAAAGACUGACCAUGGAGAACUAGAUUUGACCCUCAAGCUAUAA